AUGGCUGUUGCCACACAUAAAUGUGAAGUUAUCCCUGAUAAUGUAGAUUCAUAUUGUCUCGUUUUCAGAGUAAAUUAUUCUGGUGAAGACGAUAAAUGGAAAGGCCUAUUCACCAAUAAUGGAGAUCAAUGUUGGCAUUUCCAAGGUAGUGAAGAUAAAUGGAGUGUAUAUCCAU